AAAUUAAUAUAAGUAUAUCAGGGUUUGAAUCUUCCCUCUCCCUCUUCUAUCGCUCUAAACCAAUGCUCCUAACUAGGCCUCAAUCUGUCCUUUCCCGGCCAUUGCUCUCUGAGCCCUAUACUUCUCUCCUCCAGACGUGCCUGCGGACCGAGAACAUCUCCGCCGGUAGAUCUAUUCAUGCCCAUGUCAUCAAAGCCGGUCUCCAACUCGGCGUCUACUUCACCAACAAUCUCAUCCACUUCUACUCCAAGUUCGGAUUUUUCAGCGAUGCCCACCUUGUGUUCGACGAGAUGCCCCUGAAGAACAUUUUCUCCUGGAACUCCUUGCUGUCCAUGUAUGCCAAAGCCGGAAUGACUCAGGUGGCGAACAACGUGUUCGACAAAAUGCCUGAGAGGGACUCUGUUUCUUGGACCACAAUGAUCGUGGGAUUUAAUCAGGUGGGAGAUUUUGAGCGAGCUGUUUGUUUGUUUCUGGAGAUGCUUCGCUUCGGCGUUCCACCUUCUCACUUCACAUUCACAAAUGUGCUCUCGUCGUGUGCCGCCCUUGAGGCAUUAGAUAUUGGCAGGAAGGUUCACACUUUUGUGGUGAAGCUUGGACUAAGUAGCGUUGUUCCAGUUGCUAAUUCCCUUAUUAACAUGUAUGGGAAGUCGAGGGAAGCAGUGACUGCAAAGGCUGUUUUUAAUAGGAUGAGAUUGAGGAGUGUGUCGAGUUGGAAUUCAAUGAUUACCUUGUAUGCUCAAUCUGGAAGGAUGGAUCUUGCUCUUGACCAACUUGAGCAGAUGGAGGAGCGCAGCAUUGUUUCUUGGAAUGCAAUGAUCGCAGGGUACAAUCAGAAUGACAUGAACCAGGAGGCAAUGGAAUUCUUCUCGCGGAUGCUUAAAGACCAAUCUGCAGCCCCUGAUACCUUCACUUUUACCAGUGUUCUUUCUGCAUGUGGCUACCUUGGAAGGUUGGAUGUAGGGAAGCAAAUUCAUUCUCACAUUAUAAGAACUGAACAGUCUCUCCAUAUGCAUCUUGUAAAUGCUUUGAUCUCUAUGUACUCCAAAUCAGGUGGGGUUGAAAUUGCUCGAAGGCUUGUUAAACAAACAGUGGCUACUGAUCUCAAUGUCAUAUCCUUCACUGCACUUCUUGAGGGUUAUAUUAAGCUUGGAGAUUUGCAACCAGCUAGAGAAAUCUUUGAGCUGAUGAAAAAUCGUGAUGUUAUUGCUUGGACUGCUAUGAUUGUUGGGUAUGAGCAAAAUGGUUUUAAUAGUGAAGCUAUGGACCUCUUCAGGUUGAUGCUUGACAAAGGCCCUAAGCCAAACAAUUACACAUUGGCCGCAGUACUAAGUAUCUGUUCUACCUUGGCAUCUUUAGACAAUGGAAAGCAAAUUCACUGCAAAGCUAUCAAAUCCGGGAACCUGUCUGUCUCAGUAAGCAAUGCCCUUAUUACAAUGUAUGCUAAAUCUGGAAGCAUCACAGGAGCUAGAAGAGUGUUUGAUCAGAUAUGCCAACUUAAAGAAACAGUCUCAUGGACUUCAAUGGUCAUCGCAUUAGCUCAACAUGGUCUUGGAGAAGAAGCUAUAACCUUGUUUGAAGAGAUGAUCAACACAGGUGUGAAGCCUGACCAUAUAACCUAUGUCGGUGUCAUCUCAGCCUGUACACAUGCAGGACUGGUGGAACAAGGCAAGCAGUAUUUUCAGUGGAUGCAGACAAAACAUCUGAUUCAACCCACACAAAGCCAUUAUUCAUGCAUGAUUGAUCUCUUUGCACGUGCUGGUUUACUACAGGAAGCACAAGAAUUCAUCAAACAUAUGCCUAUAGAUCCAGAUGAUAUAGCAUGGGGUUCUCUUCUUGCUGCUUGUAAAGUUCACAAAGAUGCAGAGCUGGCAAAGAUUGCUGCAGAAAGAUUACUAGCAACUAAUCCUGACAAUAGUGGUGCUUAUUCUGCACUUGCUAACGUCUAUUCUGCAUGUGGCAGAUGGAAUGAUGCUGCUAAGAUUUGGAAAUCAAUGAAGGACAAAGGAGUGAGGAAAGAACAAGGAUUCAGCUGGAUGUACUCAAAGAAUAAGGUUCAUGUCUUUGGCGCUGAUGACGGAUUGCACCCACAGAGAUAUGAAAUAUAUCAGAUGGCUGCAAAGCUCUGGAAAGAGAUUAAGAAAGCAGGUUUUGUUCCAGAUACACAAUCUGUGUUGCAUGACAUAGAUGAUGAGUUGAAGGAGGAAUUACUAAGUCGUCACAGUGAAAAACUUGCUAUAGCUUUCGGUUUGAUCAGUACACCCAAGAACACUACUCUAAGGAUUAUGAAAAACCUAAGAGUUUGUAAUGAUUGUCACUCUGCAAUAAAGUUUAUAUCCAAAUUUGUAGGAAGGGAAAUUAUUGUGAGAGAUGCUACUCGCUUUCACCAUUUUAGAGAUGGAUUUUGCUCGUGCAGAGAUUUCUGGUAGAAUGUAAAAUAUUUUGGCAUAUGGAGAAAAACUUUUAUUUAUUUA